AUGUUAAUUAAUUACGAGUUGUCACACUUGACUGCACCAUCUCUUUUCCCAGCUGCCAAAAGUUUAUGGCUUAGGGACAUAUCAAUGGUUGAAUCUCAUUCCUUGUUAAAACAAGGAAAUUUUGUCACAAAAAGAUUUUUAUUCGGUCCAGACGCUAUAGCCAAAUUUAAGACGGAUGCAGCUACAAAUGGAGUUCAAAACCCAACACGCGUUGAAGUGGUAUCUGCUUUGAUAUGGAAGUGUGCAAUGGGGGCUUCUAAAGAGGCAUGUGGGUCACAGAACACUUCUCGCGUGAUCCAUUUUGUGAACCUGCGUAAAAAACUUGUAUCUGACAUGUCAAAAGACUUUAUUUGUAUCAUGAUUUGGAUUGCAAAUGCAGUGUGUCAUCCGGAUAGCAACGAGACCACGUUGUAUGGUUUGGCAAGUAAGGUACGCGAAAGUAUUUCCAAAGUUGAUGUUGAGUUUGUGAAUAAGGCUCAAGGGAAUAAAGGGUAUAUUGUUAUGAUGAAGUCACUUCAAGAAAUUGGACAAGUUGGCUCCAAAGGGCCUAUAGACAACUACAAUUUUACGAGCUGGUGUAACAUGGGUUUCUAUGAAAUUGAUUUUGGUUGGGGAAAACCGAGUUGGGAAACUGGUCUCGUAGGUGAUGGCAUCCCCGUGUUCAUGAAUCUUGUCACACUAAUGGAUACAAAAUCUGGUGGUGGAAUAGAAGCAUGGCUGAUUUUGGAUGAAAAAGAAAUGAAAAUUCUUCAAUGCAACCAAGAGUUACUUGCAUAUGCUUCACUAGAUCCAAGUCCUCUUUAA